UUUCUCAAUGCCAAAGAACACAAUUGUAGAAGUUUACCUAUAAAAGACGUAAAUCUCGUUUAAUGUUCAUUCCUUCCAACAGAUUCAACUCUGAAAUGAUUUUGCGUAAGACUCGCUCCAAUUGAAUCUAACCUGUGAGAUCUAUGGCUAUUUGCCGCCAGCGAGAGCGCACCGUUUCAUCCACAUUGUCAAACUGACUGUUAUCAAUCUUGGCUGUUGGGAAUGGCCCGUUUUGUUGUGCGAAAUGAAAUCAUUUUCAUAUCCAUAAUUCAUUCAUACAAAAGAAACAACAUAACUUCAACAAAUUCUAUCCGGGUUAAUCAAUGAUUCACUUUGUGCUUCUCGUUAGUCGCCAAGGAAAAGUGAGACUCACCAAAUGGUAUUCACCAUAUUCCCAGAAAGAAAGAGCUAAGGUAAUUCGACAGCUUAGUGGCAUAAUACUUACCCGAGGCCCCAGGCUCUGCAACUUUGUGGAGUGGAGAGGGUUCAAAGUUGUUUACAAAAGAUAUGCGGGCCUUUAUUUCUGCAUGUGCAUCGAUUCAGAGGAUAAUGAACUAGAGAUUCUGAUGAUAGUUCACCACUAUGUUGAGAUUUUGGAUCGGUAUUUUGGCAAUGUUUGUGAGCUGGACUUGAUUUAUAACUUCCAUAAGGCCUAUUAUAUAUUGGAUGAAAUUCUGAUAGCUGGUGAACUUCAAGAGUCAAGCAAGAGAGUGGUUGGACGGCUGAUAGAUGCACAGGAUUCACUGGUGGAGGUUGCUAAAGAGCAGGCCAGUUUAGUGCGCACUAUAAUUGCACAGGCCACCAAAUAGGAGAAGAGCAAUGUCAUUUGAUCACCAAAUUUGGCUUUGUUUAGCAAUAAGAGAAAAAUACAGUGCUUUCAUUACUGUUAUUAUUAUUAUUAUUAUUUAGGAAGUGGUGUAAAUGCAUUUGUAAUUGUACCAGCAGUAUUUCUGCAGGAUAUUGUUGUUUCUGAUUUUUACUGCUUGAUGAGAAAUAAUGAAGGCUCAUAGAGGAGAUUAGAUAUUU